CGCUUUCGUUUGACCCCCGAUGGCGGUUGACAGGAAGAUCAACGAAAUUGCGCUGAGCGUCCAUGACGUGAACGGACCCAUGUCUCUCGCACCAGAAAAGGCGGGCCGAGCCCCCGCCGCCUCGACGUCCGGCUCGGUGCAGCGUGCUAUCGCGUGCCUCCUCUUCCUCAUCGUGGUGCUUCUCACGGUACUUGUGGGCCUGGCGGUGCACGUCGUGGUCAGCAUCAAGCCGUCGCAGACCGCAGACGCACUCGUCACACUCUCCGAGUUGGUCCCGAUCGCCCGCCAGAUCCAGCCAAGCAUCAGCACGCUCGCUGCGGCUGUCGACUCCUCGUCGAUGCUCUUCUCGUCCUUCGCUGAAUACGUCCGCCACUGGGGGCCGCCCAAGUCGAUCCCCCUCUUGCUUGCGAGGCGUGCUGUCGCGCCUCCCUGCCGCCUCUCUCCUCCACUCACCACCGGUACCCUCCUCUUGACCUCUUGCCGCAGCACGAUGACGGUGCACCUCGGCGACGUCACCGCCGAGCUUGCGCGCAUCGGCAGCAAGCUCGAGCCGCUGCUCGAGAAGCUCCGGUACGACGACACCUUCGUCGACCCGGCGACCUUCGUUGCAAACUUCUUCCAGGCGAUCCGGCAACUCGACGGCCCGAUCCACAAGGCGGAGGUCGACGUCUUUGGCAACAGCACGACAGACGGGGCGAGCAACGGCGACAUCGUCCAGACCCUCCGCGAGUGGCUCGGAGAGGAGCCGGUCGAGUACCUCGUCUCUCAGCUCGACGGCCAAGCCUGGAACUCGACGACCGCGGCGUGCCACUCCCUCCGCCGUGAGAUGUCGAUCGUCAUGACGGAGCUUUCGAUCGAGCACGCCCCGAUGCAGAUGAUUAGCCCGAUCUAUGUUAGCGGCUACUAUGACAAGGACGGCGUGUACCACCCGGGCUUCUACACGCUCGUCGCGCCACCUCCGUCGCCUUCUCCACCCUCCAGCCCCCCUUCGACAAGUUGCUCCAGCUUCUGUACCUCAGUCGUCUCCCUCGAGUACAAGUGCUCCCCCUAUGGCUAUGGCAGCAGCUGCGCGGGGUGCUCCGACUGCGUGGAUUACCUGAAGAACCACGCGCAGCCGUCGUACGAGGGGGCGUACACAUACGACGGGCCCUCGCCAGACGAGGGUCCGCUCGAGGCGGGCCUGCGGAACGCCUACGACAGCCUCGCGUACGUGUGCCUCAUCUUCGAGGCAAUGGCUGAGUGAUGUGUCAUGUGACUCGCCUUUCAAGGACCGCCGACACCGAGCCCGCUGGAGGCCGACAACGAGUUGCUGAGACAUGCCGCAUGAUAGAAGGCUCGCGGCAGAGGCGGGAGAGGGGGGGGAUUCUGCUCACUCUGGUAGAGAGGCAGGGUUGUGAUGGUCGAAGAACAGUCGGCAAAGCCACCCCCGGUCGCACGCUGUGGUGUGGUGGUCGAUGCACGAUGGGGCGUGUGCCAGGAGUGAGAGUCGCGUGUAUUGCGCGGCCUCGCGGUCUUUGGCUGAUUCGAACGUUGGGGAGGUCUUGAUCGUCUCUUGACCGGAAAACCCAAAACGGGG